AAAAAAUAUUGGCAGUGAGGGAUUCUCUCCCAACUACUAUGGCCUUCCAUUUCCUAACAGAAAUUCUUCAAUGUUUUUUCAAACAUUUCAACAUGAGCCUUACACAAUUAAAAAAUUUAAAAUUCAAGAUUUUUUUCUCAUUCGAAAGAAAUAAAAACCAGAAGAUUUUGCAAAAACUCAACCAUAUAUUCAUUCACCUCUUAAUUAAGAGACUGGUAGGUGGGUUGAAUGUUGGUUGAUUAUUACCAGAUUAUUUUUUUAUCAACAACCAGCCCUGUGAAAAACAUCGAAGAGGAUGCAUGAAUAGGCAGAGAAUCGUAAAGGGGGAAAGAGGGAAUUUUCAUCUUUCCACGGGAAAUAUGAUACGAAAACCAAAGGCGGAAUUCAUUGAAAACGUUGCAAUAAUUACUGGGUUGACAUUGAUCCAGUUUUUAUAUUCUGGGAAUUCAAUUUUGCUUAGUUAUUUGUUGAAAUUAGGGUUUCAGCCUUCAUCUCUUAUCAUAUUUUCUACAUUUGCUACAUUUUUGCUGCUUUCUCCCAUCUCAAUUUUAUUCGAAAGGAGUCAAUGGCCAAAACAUAUUAGUUACAAGGUUUGGAUUAAGUUGCUUUUGCUUUCUUUUGGAGGGGUGACAGUAUUUCAGUCUUUAUUUAUGAGGGGUGUUAGUCUCACUUCACCAGCAAUGGCAACAGCUAUGCCAAACCUUGCACCAGGACUAAUCUUUUUUAUUGCCUGGGGUUUCAGGUUAGAGAAAGUGGAGUUAGGAUGUAGGUACAGCAGAGCAAAAAUUAUGGGAACUUUAUUGUGCGUUAUUGGUGCUGUUGUAAUGAGCCUUAUGCAAAGUUCUGUACAAGUUCACUCAGCAAAAGAUUCUCAAGCCUCAUUACCUUCUCCUCCGUCUGAUGUCACAUUCGACAAUCAAAGGAUUGUUGGUUGCUUGUAUCUCAUGGCAGCAAUAUUUGUUUUGUCAAGUCAGGUUGUGCUACAGGCUACAACAUUACAUGAUUUUCCAGCCCCAAUCUCAUUGUGUGCAAUAACAUCUCUAAUAGGCGUGGUAAUGACUGGAUUGAUUGAGUUGAUUGAAGACGAUGAAUUGAAAACUGGAUGGCCUUUAUUAAGUAUUAAACAGCUAAUUGCCUACUCCAUACUGGCAGGUAGCGUAAGUGGAUUGUGCGUAAGCUUCAACGCUUGGGCAAUAAAAAGAAGAGGACCAGUCAUGGUGUCUAUAUUUAAUCCCCUCGGAACUGUAAUUACAGUCAUUCUCUCUUACAUCACCUUAGGAGAUUCCAUUAGAGCAGAAAGCCUUGCAGGCAUGUGCCUCAUGUUCAGCGGUCUCUAUUUGGUGCUUUGGGCUAAAGGGAAGGAACAUUUUCACAUUGGUGAUGACAAUUCCAUGGAAAGUGAGUACGAUGUGGAGAAGCCCCUCUUAUCUUGAUUUAGUUUAUGACAGUGCAGCGUGAUGGAAUUGCUUGUCGCAGUGUACUUCCUAAGUCCAUCUUACUAUCCAUGUAGAUAGAAAGAGUUCACUUUGGAGUAAAGGAUUGUAAAGGAUCGGUUUGAUCUUGUUACGGGUGUGUUUAAUUUACAUUUUCAAAUACGACCAUGGCUUCACUUUUUGUACAGUCAAUGACUGAAAUACAAGAACUAAGAACAAGUAUAGGAUCUGGUCAUUUGAUCGAGAUAGUUAUUUGAGAGUUUGAUAUACUAGGAAAUUACUGUAUAUAUGUGAGGCUGUAUGUGUGUUGGUUAAUGCUGUGAUAACUUGAUUAAUGACUCGACCCAGAUGUAACAUCUUCUACUACUCAAAUUUCUACUUACAGAUCUUAAUCAGCAGUUGUUAAUUUUUGGAUUA